AUGGAGCAGCACUUGCGGUGCAACAAUCAGCAGGGGGGCAGUUGUCGAGCUGCACUCACGGCGGAGGCAAUUGUUACAACUUGCGCGCAUGUUCCUCCUACAGUCAUUCUGCUUCUCGCCGUCGUUCUAAUCCGUCUCAGGCACAUCUUUUGCAUACCCUGCGCCGAGAAGACUGGCUUGUCGAUAGCACCCCGGAAUCAGCGUCGAUGUCCUGUUUGCAAGACCGCCCUACCAAAUGCCCACGAUGCAGUCCGCAAUCUGGUAAAUCCACCCGAAGACUUCAAGACCAGCGUGCUUUGUGGCCUCGACCCCGCAAACAUCAUGGACUGUGCCCAGACGGCGCUUUCUUUCUGGACAUACCAAAAGGCUCAGGAACUUGCAUAUCAGCAACACAUUGCUAGAAACCUGACGCACAGGCUCCACCAACUCAAUGCAGAGGUUGAAAAGACUGUUAAUGAUGGCAAUUCUCAAAUUCAAGCUCUGGAGACACGGAAUCAGCAACUCUCUACUGAUGUACAAUCAUUGCAACAAAAGUAUACGCAACUUUACGACCAGUAUCAGGACAAGAGCAGGAAGCAAGCACAGACCCAGAAGCUCUACGAUACUCUGAAACAGAAAGUCAUGCUGGAGAAGAUGGAGCCACUCGCUAAGAACGAUAAGCCAAGGCAGAGUGGCCUUCAGAUCAUUUUCAAUAAUCCGAUCCUGUUGUCGUCCCUCGUCCAGAACUUUGAUAGGAAAGACUAUCACUGGCUUGCAGAACUUGCAGCUACCAUUCCUGGUAUCAAACCAUGGCCCAAGUGGGAGCCAUUGAGUCAACCUUUGCCUUUUGGCACCCUACCAUUCAGCGUCAAGGACUUGCGAGUUAGAUGCCAGAAUUCGCUGCCAGAAAUGCCACGACUUAUGGCGGUAAAAUCAUCUCAUGCCGUCCACAGUGAGGGCGGAUGCAAAGAACUCGAAGGUGCAAUGAGCUGGAAAGGGUGUGGCUUGACGGAGCGAGAUCAAGGACUACCACCGAAAUCUAAAAUACACCGUGAAGGGCCUUUGGAGAGGCCUUUGGAAUUCUUCGAAUGUAUCGGCCACAGGCUGAAAAUCCGAGACCUCCCCCUGUCUGAUAUUGAGGAAUGCCUGAUCCAGCUGCAGCUUGUGAUGGAGAUAUCUUCGCUUUCGGCCAACUCGAUACGAGCUGCAGUACGGCUGCUACAGAAUGACGGACCACAGCCAGUAUUGGUGGAUUUGCACGGGUUACACGGUUCUGAGUUUAUGGUCUGCUCGAAAUGCGCUCUCGAUGUCUACCUCUCACUGAGCGUUUGUAUAUGGGAUCAUGCUCGAAUCGUUCCACUCUGUCGAGAGUGCUCCGAGAAUCCCUCCCGAGAGCUCUAUAACUUCGAGGCGCAGGGCAUGCCAUCCAUUGCAGAAAAUAUACGAGGCUUGAGGAAUAUCGAUGACUAUCUCGAAUGUGACUGCCACGAGGUUCUAUCGCCCGGCAAUGGUUAUCACCUCUGCACAUUCUGUGCCGCCAUGUUCCAUUUGCUAAUUUACCUGCAGCACCGGCUAAACAAAGCCUCGGGCAUCUAUCCGGACAGUGUGCCCUACCAAGUUCUAGAGAUGGGCAACACCAGGAGCGGAUAUGGUCGCAACUAUUGCCCCUGUGGAAAGGACUGGCAUCAGCUUGUUGACAGCUGGUGUGGUAUUUCUCAGGAGGAACGGGACAACAGAAUGUACCGUCUCUGCACGUUAUGUACGGGGCACGUACCACGUGGGAAAAUGAUGAAUCCACAAUCGACGAAUUGUCUCUAA